CAUCCAGUCCUAAUGGAAACCCAUCCUCAAAUGCUCAGCGCCACCUCCGUCUACUCUCUCUCUGCCUCCGUCCCUUGGUUCAGCCACCUCCUCGCCCGACCCGAACCUGAUAAGCUAAUCACCGAGGGUUUGACCCUUGCAGCGCUAGCUUACGCUAAGUCUUUGAUGAGUUAUCUUCAGCAGGCGUUUCUUUAGGAGGCAGCAUUGGGGAUGGCGUACAAGGUUAGGGUUUAUGUUUUUGGCAGAGUGAUCAAGAGGGAUUUAGGGUUAUUUGAAGGGAAUGAUGGUGUUUUGGCUGGGGGUGUUGCGCAUCGGAUCACGGCGGAGGCGGCAGAUGUUGCCGAUACGACUUAUGCUCUCUUGAACGUAGGCAAUCAGUCAUCAUACUUGUUGGCAUAUGUAAAGAUGUUAUCUUAAUUAGAACCCUGAAUUUGAUAGUCAUACGGUUUGGCUUUGAGAAUUUGCUAGUGUUUCAAAGCUCAAAUCUUUAUUUUUAUUGCAUUUAUAGUCUACUUUGUUGUUUGUAUUGGCUAAUGUGGAAUGUUCGUAGUUUAAUUAUCAGGAGUUGACGAGUAAUCGACUCUUCAACAAAUUUUCUUAAAAAGAUAGUGAUUAGUUUUGAUCCAUUCGCUCAUUAAGUACUAUGAGAAUUAUCUAUAAUUGGUUACUGGUGCUGCUCAUUAUUAAUGAGGUCAUGCUUUGCUAUUAUCCUUGUUUUUCAUGGUUGAUUGUGUGCACUCUAGAAUACCCAUUAGAUAGAUUCAAGCUUGAUUUUCCUUUUAAUUUCUUCUGAACUUUCAGUAGAGUUGUAGACAAGUCAUUUACAAAUGGUAAAUUUUUUUUCAUGUGAAUUACACUAGGGAGUUACUUGAUCUUUUUUCCCUACUUAUUCCUGUGUAAAAAUGACUGCAUAUUGUGGUACCCAAUACCCUAUAGCUUUUGGCGAUGGCUUCUCAAAUGGUAGCGCUUAGCCCCGUACUUUCCUUAAUGUCAGCAUUGGUGAGUUGAGAGAAUUUGAGUCUUUUACUUUUGAAUUUAUAUAGAAUUUGAGUCUUUCAUUUUUGAAUUUAUAUAGUUUUAUGAAUCCAAUGAUAUCUUGAUAUUGUGUUUACAACUUCUUCCUUGUGUAUCAUUUGUCAUUGCAUAUCUUGGUGAAAGGCUCUGCAAAAUAUCCAAGAAUGCGCAGUCAAGUGCUUCUAGACUAUCCGCCUCCUUAAAUGAGGUACUUCCAUCAAUACUUGUUGUAAAGGCCAACAAUGGAGAGUUUAGUGAGUGCUCACGAUUCCAGAGGCAAGCUCUAGAUGAUUUGGUACAAAGGUUGAAGAAGCGGAAAAUGAAGGCACUCAUACCUCUGAUUGUCCAGGUCAUAUGUAUAGGUGGAUUGAUACUCCUUUGUGUUGGUUCAUUGAUUAUCUCAAGAAAUUCCUCAGACACUUCGAGUUUAGUGUCAUUUAUAACGUCCCUAAACCUCUUGGUUGAGCCUCUUCAGCCUAUAUACGUGGAUAUCAUGGGGAUGACAUUUGAUGAGCAUGCAGCUGCAAGUGGUGGAGAGGGUAGAAGAGGUACUGUAGGAAGCAGCGGUACGGUAUGACAUUUUGAUGCAGCUGCCGCCAACGAUAGGGAUCACGAUGAUAGGGACCAAGAUGACUACGACGAAUGAGUAGUGAGUUAGACUUUUUUGUUACUUU